CUUGGAUUCUCCACUUUCUUUAACUUCUCUUCUUCAUUGUUCUUCCUCUCUUCCGACUCAAAUGUCUCUUCCUCAAAUCUGCUCCGCCAUCGCUCCCAAUCGACUUCCGGCAACUUUUCAACUUUCGGGUCUCAACUUUUCAACUUCCGGCAAUUGCUUCGAUUCUAAGCAUCAAUUUUCUCUCUUCGCAGGAAUAAUUGACACAAAAUCAGACCCUACAGUGGAUCUGAUAAAAAAAGAAUUGGCUGGAGCAACAACGAUCAAAAGGGAAACACCUAUUGUUUCUGGUGAUGCUGAUGAUGUUGCAAUAGAUGUUGAUGUUAAUGUUAUUGUUGAUAUUGGUGAUGUUGGUGCUAAAAGUGGUGGUGAGCAUAUUGAUGAUGUUGGUGGUAUAUAUGGUGGAUUCACCCCUUUCAGUGGACAUACCACAUCUUUUGCUCCUUCUAACUUAUGUUUUGCAUGUAAAUGUGAAGAAUGCAAGAACAAAGAUGCUCACUUAAUAUCUACUGGUGAAGAAGUCUCUUGA